AUGCCCAGGUCCUUCCUGGUCAAGAAGGUCAAACUUGACACGUUCUCUUCGGCAGACCUCGAGAGCUCCUACGGGCGCGCCCGCAGCGACCUCGGCGUGCGACUGCACGAUAAAGGACCCCUGCUAGGGAUAGCCGGGGAAUGCCGGGAGCUCCAGUGUAGGCAUUGGGUCCAGUGGGGCCGCCCACCUGUCAGGGCCAAGGCGCGCGCGGGGCCGGGGGCUGCAGGCGCUGGUGGCCGGCACGCGUGCGGCGAGUGCGGCAAAACGUACGCGACGUCGUCGAACCUGAGCCGCCACAAGCAGACGCACCGCAGCCUGGACAGCCAGCUGGCGCGGCGCUGCCCGACGUGCGGCAAGGUGUACGUGUCCAUGCCGGCCAUGGCCAUGCACCUGCUCACGCACGACCUGCGCCACAAGUGCGGCGUGUGCGGCAAGGCCUUCUCGCGGCCCUGGCUGCUGCAGGGCCACAUGCGCUCGCACACCGGCGAGAAGCCGUUCGGCUGCGCACACUGCGGCAAGGCCUUCGCCGACCGCUCCAACCUGCGCGCGCACAUGCAGACGCACUCGGCCUUCAAGCACUUCCAGUGCAAGCGCUGCAAGAAGAGCUUCGCGCUCAAGUCCUAUCUCAACAAGCACUACGAGUCGGCCUGCUUCAAGGGCGGCUCCGGCGGCGGCGGCCCUGCGGCCCCCGCGCCGCCGCAGCUCAGCCCCGUGCAGGCCUAGAGCGCCGGGGCUUCCGCCAGCCAGGUCGGCUCUCAGCAAUACGUGCCCCCGGGGAAGUCCCCGCCGGCGUCCGGACCGAGGGGCCGGAGGAAGGGCCCCUCCUCACAGCAAUAGGGGGAGGGGGACCGGCCCCACCUCGCCCCGCCCGCCAGGGGCCUUGCCGGCCCCUUCAAGCAAUAGGGUCCUGAGGGGAGACCCAUCCCGAACCCCGUCCCCUCCCCUCCAGGGUGCCCCAGGCUUUCUCCCAGCAAUAGGGUCGACGAGACCCGGAACCGAACCUCAUCUCUGAGUUGGGUCUCUGAAGACGGGGGUGGGGUUAGGUAGGGAAAGCCCUCUUUGUCCCCGCUCUGCGCUCCUGCAUCGCGUCGCAGAGACUCAGGUCUUCCCCACCCCUUCCCCAGCCUUCUAGGGCCCGGCCUGCGGCCCAGACGUCCAGGGAGCCGGUCCCUUCCCGGCAGCGGGCGGUGGGGAGGAGCAGGAGCGGCGGGGGCCUGAACAGGUGUCCCUGCGCCUGAGUCUUCGCCGAACUCCCGGGAGUUUCAGACGCUUUGGGGAUCGGGGAGAGGGGCGGACGGCGGCACCCCUCUGCCUCGGGGGCCUCAGUCCGAGCCGCCCUCCUACCCUCGCCUCGCAUCCUCUGCCAAAUCCGAAUUCUUCCAGCCCACCUUCCAGGGCUCUGUCCUCCAUAACGAAUAAUAAUGACGCAUAUCAAAUC